AUGGUUAACUCCAAGACUGUCGUCUCUGCCUUGGCCCUGUCGGCACUUGCUGCUGCUGCCCCUGCCCCUGUCCCUGCCCCAGGCAAGGCCACCAGCUUCUCCAUCAACCAGGUUGCUGUCAAGAAGCCUGUCGUCCACCCCGCUGCCAAAUACGCCAAGGCUCUUGCCAAGUUCGGCGCUCAGGUCCCUGCCAACGUCGCCUCUGCUGCUGCCUCUGGUCAAUCCGGUUCUGCUACCAACAAUCCCACUGCUAAUGAUGAGGAAUACGUUACACCUAUCACCGCUGGUAGCAGCACCUUGAACCUCGACUUUGAUACUGGUUCCUCUGAUCUCUGGACCUACAGCUCCAGCACCUCUGGUGUUGGUUCCCACAACACCUACGACACCAGCACCGGCACCAAGGUCUCCGGCGCCACCUGGAAAAUCUCCUACGGAGACGGCAGCUCUGCCAGCGGUGUUGUCUACAAGGACACCGUUACCGUCGGUGGCGUCACCGCGACCUCCCAAGCCGUUGAAGUCGCUACCAGCGUCAGCAGUGAGUUCUCCUCGGACACCAGCAACGAUGGUCUUCUCGGAUUGGCCUUCUCCUCCAUCAACACCGUCUCUCCCACUCAGCAAAAGACAUUUUACGACAACGUCAAGAGCAGCCUCGACACCCCCGUCUUCGCUGUUACCCUCAAGCACCAGGCUCCCGGUACCUACGACUUUGGAUUCAUCGACUCCUCCAAGUACACCGGCGACCUCGCUUACACCCCCGUCGACAACAGCCAGGGAUUCUGGCAGUUCACUGCCGACGGCUACACCGUUGGUAGCUCCGGCACUAGCGGCAGCUCCUUCUCCGCCAUUGCCGACACCGGUACCACCCUUGUCCUCCUCGACGACAGCGUCAUCUCCGACUACUACAGCCAGGUUAACGGAGCCCAGAACUCCAGCUCCGACGGUGGAUACGUCUUUGACUGCAGCACCACUCUUCCUGACUUCACCGUCCAGAUUGGUAGCUACAAUGCUGUCAUUCCUGGUGACUACAUCAACUUUGCUUCCACUGGCAACGGCAACACUUGCUUCGGUGGUAUCCAAUCCAACUCUGGCAUUGGUUUCAGCAUUCUCGGUGAUGUUUUCCUCAAAAGCCAGUACGUUGUCUUCGACGGUGACAACCUCCAACUUGGUUUCGCUGCUCAGGCUUAA